GAGAGAGAGAGAGAGAGAGAGUGAGAGAGCGAGUGCGGAUGUAUGUGUGAGAGAGCGCGAGAGAAGCGAGGUAGCUUAUCGCUGUAAGUGGGGGACCUCGCGCGGGCUUGUUGCGUUCGCAAGGUCGGAUAAGGCGAAAAAAGAAAUAUAUAUAUAUACGAAAGAAAGAGAGGAAAAAAAGGGCGUGGAGUCUGAUCAGGCGCAACUAAUAGGCACCGCGCCGCUAAUCGCUGUCGUGGCCAUGGGUAAGACGCCAAAGAGGGCGGCCCCUGGGGGCGACGAGAGGAAUUUGUACGUUCGGAGGCUCAAGGCAACGACCGCGCCGUCGAGAGCUUCUGAAUCUAGCUUGCCCGAGAGACAGCGCGAGUCCGAGAUCUCGAAAAGGCCGAAGCUGACUGGGAUACAGAAGAAGGUAUUGCCUGGGCCGGGAAAGAAUUUUAAGAGCAAACUUCGCCCUCCAGCGAAACUUGAACCGCAUCAAACGAUAAAGCAAUUAAAAGUCCUAAUGAAAAAUCCAGAAAUCAAAGGUGCAGACAUGCAGCCGGAACCGGAAGAGGCCGAGGUCAAAUUGAACGUUUCAAUUCAGAAAGAAAAUGUUACGGAGGAGAACAGUAACAACAGACCUGUUGAAGCUGAGAAAUCUGCUGUGAGCAGAGAAUAUGUCGAGCAUUCCUUCGAACAGAUGUCAAGCGAACUUCAACCCGAUGUGAACAUCACCGAGGAAGUAAUAUUUAUCGAGAGCAAAACUGUCUCCCGGGAAAAAGAGGGAGUCUUAUUAGGAAACGUUUACGCUGAAACCAAAGAGGUGGAGGAGCAAGACGCAAAUGACAUUAAAUUAACAUUCGAACCCGAACCAAGUCCUAUAAAUAAUGGAGGGGAGAAGUUAGACGAUAAGCAACCAAAGGACAAUGAUAAGGGAGAAGAAUUGGAGGAGUUGAAGAACGGUAUAAAUGAAAAGGAGGAGAUGCAGAGCGAAGCCCAAACCGAUAGCGAGAGUUACUCGGUCGACAUUGUUGAAUCCACAACGUCGGAAAUAUCCGUAACGUCGGGAACGUCGGAAUCAGUUACACAGAGCGACUUGCAGAAGGACAAAGAAAUGAUCAACGACGCUGCGGAUGAUGCAUUAUUCGUUUCCUACGAUUCGUCCAUUAUGCUAAAAGAUGUCCAAAUCAGACUCAACGAUUGUCUGAAAGAUAAUUCGAAGCUCUACGACGUAAGCAACACGGAAGAUAUGUCGAGUCAACUGUUAAAAGACCUGUCGUUUGGGAAGACGCUGAGAAACAUCUCGGGAAGGCAUUCUAUCGGCAGAAUGCGUCACGUUACUUUGCGCGACAGAAGGAUAUCGCCCAACAGUUCUCUUUUCGUGAAUACAUCGACUAUGUCUAUGCCGCAGGAAGAAGGAACAGAAUUGAAAUUACAUUAUGGUUUACUAUCCGACAGUUUCUCUACGAACGGCAGUCCAUUGGACAGAAAACGUAAAGUUGAGACGGAAAAUGCGAGCUCGGCGAAAAAGAAGAAAACGGACGGAGAGAGUAGUAGUAGUAUACUAAGUACAUCUAUGAAUCUACUGAAAGGUUUGCGCUUACCUAGUAUGCAGGUAUCCACGCCGAAAGCCGCACCUUGUAAGUUCGAAUCUACCAAGUUAGAUAUUAGCGGGAUGAAGAAUGAUGACAAUAAAAUGACGGCUGAAAUACCAACUGAGAGUACAAAAAAAUGGUGUGUCAUCAUGUAAACUAUUAUGACAGUGUGUCAUUAUGCGGGAAAAAAGCGAACAAAUUUUCAUAUUUUCAAGGAAGUAGAAUUCACACAAGUAUUGCUUUCAUUUUUUAUUAGUAGGUAGUUUCUUUUCUAAUUAAUCAAUCAAAAGUAUUUGUACCUUUGUUUGGUUGUUCCCAAAAUUUUCUCAAACAGAGAGACAUAUUUAUUCUAUAACUUUCGGAACACCUUGUCAACGUUGGGAUGUAAUGUAGAUUUUCAACACUUAAAUUAGGAGAAUUCAAUUUCUACCAUGUACAUUGCUACAAUUGUUGUGGUGCAUAAUUUUUCGAUGUCAAUUUUGGGAUAAAAUAUAUAGAAAGGAAAGAGUAAAUUAUAUAACGGCGAAGAGUACAAUUUCAUUAACUUUUCACAUGACUAUUUUACGAAUAAAAGACUUGAUUCGGUGAAAUGUACCAACAUUUAAUACAGUAUGAUAUAAAAUAACUAAGCCUCCCGUGUACAGAAGUGUAAUAUGUGUUUAAUUUUGGUACACGUCUCCCAAUUUGCGACCUACGAUUAUCUUUCAUACCGUUCUUUAGAUAGAUCAUAAUAAGUAGCUUUUCUUUUCAUCAUUCUAAAUAAAAAUAGUUUCGUAAUGCAGCACGAUAUUAAGCUAACAGUAUGUUUAUUUGGGAAUAGUUUCUUUGAUAUCAUUUUAUGCAUAUGUUAUCUAAUAACUACUAUCAUAGACAAUUCAUAUGCGACACUUAUCCAUAUGAUGUAACAUUCAUAUUAUGUAACAUUACAAAUACAUAUCUCACCGUGUUUACUUCUUAAUAACGAAAUAGAAUAUUGAUAUUUGUAAUUUUUAAUUCGUUGAAUUUCACAGUGAUUAAAAAUAUGUUGUGUUCUACGCAAAUUGCGUCGUCACCGGCAAAUUUCUGAAAGUUAUGAUACGAAAUUAAUUAUAUAUCUUUUCUAGUUAUCUAUAGAAAGUUGUUACUACCAGUUGCUACAACCAGUAAGUUGCAACGUUACUAUUGCACUUAUAAUAUCAAUAGCUUUUUAUCUGUUUCAUCGUGAAUGAGAUAUUGUUGAUUAUUAUAAACAAUCCAUAACACAUAUGCUUAUAAAAGAUUCAACAAUUGCAUUUUUUGUAAUGCUAAGUGUAUAAUUUUGUAAUUGAUAUAUAGACCUAUUUUAUAUAUUUUUAAAGAGAACGUGGUAAUUCAUGUAACUUAUUCUUAUGAGUAUGAGAAUACUCAUCUUUAUCGAAGAAAUAUUACCAUCUAUUGCAACUGUAAAAAUUGAAGAUGUAGACGCGAAACAGUACGUUAUGACCUAGUAUCUUAAGAGCAGAACAAGGAAAGACGAAGAGAAAAUGUAUAUCUUUGGAAAAAAAUCUCAUUUCGACUCACAAUGCGACUUUGUCACAUUUAUUGAUUCAUGACCUCUUCAUUUGCCAUAGAUUUAAGUAUAUUCUGAUGUCGUCCAUUAAGGAUGAUAUUACGUUGCCUUUAUAUUAAAUCUUUGUUGGAACAGAUACAUAUAUCAAGCUAGAAAUAUCACGACCUUCCAUCAUAUGAUAAAUGAGGAUUAGAGACCAGGAAAGUAAUUCGACCAAAGUGAUUUUCCAGUGUCAGUCGAUCUAUUCGUUUAGAUCUGUCGAGGAUAGUUAUUAAUUGCUAAAAAUUGUACAUUAUACCUUUCGACGAAAGCGAUUUAUAUAUUACUGGCUGAUUUUCUUGUCGAUGCAAAACACGUAACGUAGAUGAAUAAUUAUUCAGGACUAAACGAAUAAUCGUUAGGACAUACUUUUAUACUUCGAUUAGUAGAGACGUUAGAAGCAUACCUAAGAGUGUACAUAGAAACCCUUAUGAGAUUUAUAAUAAACUCUUUAAACUGCAA